CUGUUCUUUACGAACAUCUUCAGGGCAUGGCAGGGCGGGAGGCUCAUUAACUGGGAAAUUCCGAUGUAAACGGUUAUUCCAUAACAACUCUGAUUAUGACAAAUAUCACGAGUUCCUCCCUUUGAUUUCAAUUUUCCAUACAUUUUCAACCUUAUUUCCGAUGUUCACAGUACAGACCCAUUCCUUUCAACUGAAAAGUUCUGAUUUCUUAAAGUUUGUCAGUUUGUUUAUACUCCAUCUAAAAACGAUCGAGACGUCCCCUUUCGCAGUCUCAGUCAUUUUCUUGUCAGGCGCAGCCUUUCUGAGUCACUCUUAAUAGUCGUAUUCGCGUCAUUGUGCCUGAAAGAUUCCGGGCUGUCGCAGACACUUUGGCCGUGGUAAUCUCAGUGGUGAGGAACUGGGAGGGAACUGGGCGCACGUCACUGCAGGCGUUGUCGGGUCAACUCUUCUUAAAAGGCCAAUCCCAGCAGUGCUCAGCAUUGUUAUCAGUUAACACAGUGAAAUCAGUAACCUCGAGGUGGUUAUCGCGCAUAGGGGCAAAAAACAUCGACGCUUUUUCAACAUAUUCCUGCGGACCUGCGACUGAUACGCGGAGGAGAAAUGUCGACCAAGAAAGAGGACACGAAGUUCUGGCAGCAGUUGCACAAUGAUGCCAUCGAGGAGCCAGCCAAAGAAGAAGCAGCUCCCCAAAAGAAGUACUUCGGCACAGUCUUUCCUGCCAAGGACUUUGACAGGGUGGCGGACGCCAAGGCCCUACGUCAUCUGGUGACGCAGAGAGAUGUGGAUGAACAGAAACUGAUUGACAUCUUGGCACACCGCAGCCAAAAGCAAAGGAUGGAGAUUGCCCUGCAAUACGAGACGGACUUCGACGAGGACCUGAUCGGGGACCUGGUGACCAUGCUGGGUGCUGAUAACGAUUUCGGCAAGGUUGUGUGGGCGCUGAUGACGCCGCCCCGACUGUACGACGCCAGGUGUCUGAGGGGGGCCAUGGAGGGCACGGGCACGGACGAGUCUGUGCUCAUCGAGAUCCUCUGCUCAAAUCAAGAAGGUUAUAGAGGCUUACUCGUUCGCGACUAACUUUGAUCUGAAGAAGGAUCUAGAGCAGGAGACUGACGGCAACCUGCGCAGUCUACUCAUAGCCAUGUGGGAGGCAGACAGGGAAGACAAGAAUGUUGACUAUACAGUCACACUGGCUGAGGCCUCUACACUCAUCGAUGAGGAACUUGAAACUUCCUUAGAGAAGAUUCUGACGACUCGAAGCUACGCACAUCUCAGGCAGACAUUUCUGGACUACCAACGGCUAAGCGGACACCACAUCAUGGAGAUGAUUUCGCGUCAGACUGGCGGCUUCCUGAACCCUACCAAGGAUGACAUCAAGGAGGGCUACCUAGCGAUCGUAAAAUGCGUGUUGAGCCUGCCUGGUUACUUUGCGGAGCGUCUGUACAUGGCCAUGAUGGGAUUUGGAACAGACGAGGACACCCUCACAAGGGUCAUCGUCAGUCGCUGUGAGGUUGACAUGAAGAAGGUGGCAGACAUCUAUGAGCGGCGCCACGGAAAGACGCUAGGGGCCGCCAUUGCAGACGAAACCAGUGGAGGUUAUCGCGACAUGCUUCUUGCGCUGAUUGGACAGGACUAAAUCGUAAAUGCAAAACUUCGAAUCUAAAGCAUUGUAGUUCAAUCAUUUACAUAACAUCUAAUUCGUACAACGGCAAUUUCUUUCGAAAGCGUCAGAAACAUUUAGGUUUAGACGAUCUUACUGAACUAAAACCUCUUGCACUGACAUUCUUACACACUCUAAAUGCCUUCCCAAUUAUAUAGUAUCGGCGGUGUGAUUCAGAACGUGAAGUUGUACAAUGAAAGUUGAUAUUGUCAAGGCGUUAACUUUAAGAGUAUUUAAAAUAGUUACAUAAUGUAAACUCUUACCCUGGUUAUAUAUAGUGGUUUUAUAUGUCUUUAACAUUGGAAGGUCUUAUUCUAUAAGCGGCCAGUAUUUGUUUGUAACUUUGGUAGUUUUAUAUCAGAGGCAUGUGCCAUUGAUAUAUUACAGGUAAAGUUUCCAGUAUACAAAAAGCCUUUGGCAGGAACAAAUGAUUCAGAAUGAAAUACCUUUGAAAGCAAAUGCUUAUUUCUUGUUGAAUGGCUGUAAUCUAAAAGGAGUAUCAGAACUUUGGGUAAACUUUCUUUUAUUUUCUAACGAAAUUGAUCAACAUGAAUGUUCAAGUCCUUUAAAUCAACAAUAUAACACUUGAUAUAAUGAAAAAAACAUUCACAUCUGGCAAUUUGUCCUAUACUUAAGACAUAAUUCAUAUCUGCAGGUGUAUUUCAAAAUCUUCAAAGAGAUCCUAAUCUUUUAAACAACAUUGUACAAUGUAGCUCAAAUCUUUGCUGCAAAAACUAGUCUUUACACAUCAUAUCAAACAAGGGUUUGGCAAACUUGGAUGAAAAACAUACUGGCAACACUUGAUGACAUUGACUGGAAAGUUCUCUUAACUGUCACAUGAACUUUGUGUUAAAACUUGUUUAUCACCAAAUAUUGUAUGAGACACGAAUAA